AUGGGAUGUUGCUGGAGUUUGCUAUGCAAAUAUGACAACUCUUCACAGAACGGUGAACCCAAUGAAAGGACACACUUACUAGUCGACCCCAUAUCAAAUAACAUCCAUAUACAGAGGGUUAGCAGUGAAAAUCUUCUAAGUAGAAAUUCAAAUGACGCCCCCAAAAAGACUGACGAACAAUCACCACUUACUAGGAUACUACCAGAGUUAGCUACUGAAAAUCUUCUAAGUAGAAAUUCAAAUGACGCCCCCAAAAAGACUGACGAACAAUCACCACUUACUAGGAUACUACCAGAGUUAGCUACUGAAAAUCUUCUAAGUAGAAAUUCAAAUGACGCCCCCAAAAAGACUGACGAACAAUCACCACUUACUAGGAUACUACCAGAGUUAGCUACUGCAAAUCUUCUAAUUAGAAAUUCAAAUGACGCCCCCAAAAAGACUGACGAACAAUCACCAGUUACUAGUAUACUAGAAGAGUUAGCUACAAAUGUCAUUGACGUUUUUGCCAUCGAUUCGUACAAUCUCCAACAGCAAGAGUACAUGGAACGAGUAAAAAUGUACAACAUCAAAAUAAAUCAGGUAUUGGCAGGCAACAGAGGAGCUCUAGCCAAUAGUUUGAAAAGUUGCUUGCUCGAAGACGUUCCGCAACCCGAAAAAAUACUCUCUGGCGAUUUGCUGAACCGCGAAGAUCGUCAUUUGAUGACGACAUCACUAUUGGCAGCUGUCAGCGCGAUAAACGACAUUCGGGUCGACCACAAGGAGGAUUUGGUCGUGCCUUUUGAACUUGGACUAAACUGCUAA